UUGUAGGCUGAGUUCAAGUGGGACUGAGUUUCAGCACUCCUUCACUUUCUUUCAACAAACCUCUCAUAUCAGCAGUAGUAUAGAUGGACACCCUAGGAGCUUCUGCUUAUGAAGAAUGGGAUUCUUUGAGCUUAUUUGCAUCCACUGAGGAGCUUAUUGAUUUCACACCAUAUGUUCUGAGCCAGUACCCAUUUUCGCAUGAGCAUGAUAGUGAACACCCCUUCCAAAUCCCAUCUUUUUGCCUAAAUCCUGAACUCAAUACCGACUUUUCAGGAAUGAGCGGCUGCUCGCGUUAUCCUCUAGUCAUUCCCGACUCAAACCUGCAAACUGUUUCUCAAGAGAGCAGCUCUCUUAAUGGCGAGAGCAUCGGUUAUGUUGUGUCUACAUGCCAGGGAAUCGGUUCCAAUAACCACAUGCCAGAAGCUGAUGAAAUCUCUCCCUACUUUGAUCUCUUCUCCGAUGCUUUCAACACGGGUAGUAAUAGCAACCCCUUUGUGUUGGAGUUGAGUAACACUCUGAUGGAAGAAGGUGCGUGUUUGACGGAGAUGCAAAGCGAAAGAAGCAGAAGCUUGGGUAAUAAUCAGCCAGAAGAUGUUAGCACGCCUCUUAUGCAAUUGCAACUCAAAAGGCGGUCUUUUGGAAUCGACAGCAUACAUGCCGCCACAGGACAUUCUAUUUGCACUGAUGUGUCAGAGAACAUGAAGAAGAGGCGUCGCACUUCGAGAGAUCUGAGAAAGAACAUUAAAGGUCCGAGGAACCCAAAGAAGCUCCCGUCUGAUGACAAUGACAGAGAUGGAAGUAAUGUUAGACCGAAUGGAUCUAGCACUUGCAGUUCGGAGGAUCGCGAUUCUGGAGAGCUCAAUGGAGGACUAAUACCACCAUUCAAGGCAUCGACAACACUUACUGAAAAUGGAAACAUAGGGAAGAUCAAAGCUACAAGGGGUUCAGCAACCGACCCUCAAAGCCUCUAUGCAAGGAAACGUAGAGCGAGGAUCAAUGAACGAUUGAGAAUUCUACAAAACCUUGUUCCUAAUGGAACCAAGGUUGACAUCAGCACAAUGCUUGAGGAGGCAGUUCACUAUGUGAAAUUCUUGCAGUUGCAGAUUAAGGUGAGAAUAAACAAAACUUUGAUCACGCAAAUAGUUCAGAAAAUACACGUAACAUGAACCUGAUAUGUUUUUGUUAUCUUGGUUCAGCUCUUGAGCUCAGAUGAUCUGUGGAUGUACGCUCCUCUCGCUUAUAACGGAAUGGAUCUCAAUCUGAGCCAUAUUAUUUGUCCUCAACUAUGACCU